AUGGCGAAACAGUUCAUCACAGUCCUGGCGCUCGUAGCCAGUUUCGUGCCCGGCGCUCUGUCAACCAUCACCCUCACGCAAACCAGCGCUUCUCCUCAACCCAGUGUGCAAUGCAGCACCGUUACUGUAUAUGCUGAUAUCACCAAUCCAUCCUUCGAGGAUGGUACUACCGGUUGGUCAUACAACUACGCCAUCAGAACAACCAACCAGUACGCUUCAAAUGGAUCAGUUUCUGUGUAUAUGCCAAGCGGACCAGCAUUCACAUUUAUAUCCCAGACUGUCCCGAAUCUCAUCCCUGGGACAGCUUAUACAGCCUCGGUCGAUCUGCUUCCAUAUAUGAAUCCCGUAUUUCCCGUUGGGGAGGAAUGCGGAUCCUAUUUUCUUCAUACAAUUGACCUAUCCGACCACGGUGUGCACCACCAUCACAAGCUCAAGCCAAGCAGCUCGGCAGUCAUCCCCAGCUCAAGCGCUGUUCCCAGUAGCUCGGCAGUCAUCCCCAGCUCAAGCGCUGUUCCAAGCAGCUCGGCGGUCAUUCCCAGCUCAAGUGCCGUUCGCAGCCCUACUCGCUCACGCACCCCAUGCCGAACUUCUCGUCCUACCACUCCUGCUUUAACUGCUAGCUCCAGCGCUGUCCAAAGCACUGGCAGUUCCUCAGUCAGUCUCUCUACUAUUUCAAGCAGCACACCCACUCGCUCUACUCGACCUUGCACGAGAACUGGUACAACCACUCGUUCAGCGGGCACCACUUCCGGCACAAUCUCCAGCUCCAGCUCCACUGAUACUGCUCCUCUCGGCUCGACAACCUCAACAAUAUUUUCUACUCGCACAAGCACCAUAACCGCCUGCCCCAACGACCCGACUGCGCAGCCCACCGGUCCUGGGGGUGUUGAUAUCUCCACCUCUACACUCCUGUCUACCCGCAUUGUCACGAUCACCGCCUGCCCGGCAACGGUCACUGACUGCCCUGCUUCGCAGCGUAGCACCUACACUACCACCGAAACCAUCGUUACCGGCACAGUCGUGUACACAGCCACAGCAGCCGGUCCUACCGGCGCCGUUGUCCCAGGUUCAAACCCUGAUCCAGGAACAUCCGUCUCUCCAGCCCCUGAAGGCGUUUCCCCUGCAACCGGCAGCCCCAACACCGCUGUCCAACCCGCCGUUCCAUCCACCUUGAAAUCCUCAUAUUCUACUACAGCCGUUGUCUCAUCGGCCAAAACAUCCACCGCCAUUGUCUCUUCUUCUCCUUCUUCCGGCAGCUCGACUAAGACUACAUCAGCAGCAGCCAGCGGUCUCUACACCGGUGCUUCCGCGUCACGACUUUGCGGCGUUGAUGCCGCUGUUUGGAUGGCCAUUCCUGCGUUGGCUGUCUUAGCUUUGUAA